AUGUCAUCAGAUAAGCACAUUCACGAGUACAUUGACAUGGAUGGACCCAAGCUAGACCCCAAGGAGUCCGGCCGUGUACUGGACCCACAAGAGACCGGCCGUGUACUGGACCCCAGAGAGACCGGCCGUAUUCUAGAGACCAAACUAGACGACGAUGACACGCCUGAAAGGGAGAUGUGGACAGACAAGAUCGAAUUCGUUCUUGCAUGUGUUGGUCAGUGUGUCGGUUUUGGAAACGUUUGGAGAUUCCCGUACCUGUGUUAUAAAAAUGGAGGGGGUAUAUUCUUGAUUCCUUAUAUGUUGGCUGUAAUUUUUGCUGGGAUACCCAUGUACUUCAUGGAACUGUCUCUAGGCCAGUGGCUGAGUGUCGGUGGUCUUACUGUCUGGAAGAUCACACCCAUAUGGAAAG